UGAGUUACUAUCAGUGAAUUUGACAGUGAAUUUUAUUUAGGUCUCCAAAGAUCAACACUGUUCCCUGGACCUGAAAGUGGAUGAUCUGACUGUGGAGAGUAUCAAACAUCUCUUCAUUAUAAUAAGGAGACUCAAAGCGGGGAUGUACAGAGCACAGAGGAAUAUGGCAUUUGCUGUCUGUGCUAGUUUUGUAUUGAUUAUAAGCCAGAUAUGUGAUUCUUCUUUUUUUGAUUAUAGUAAUGUAUUCGGCUACAUCUAAUUUAAUCUAAAUAAUGCCUCCUGAAUCUCUUCCACAUGUGACUUUUCUGUGUUUUCUGGAGGAAAUGGCUAUUUCACAGUAUCCUGUGGGACAGAGAGUCACCUCAUCAGUCUAGCGCCAUGUUUCUUGGAGGAUUAUCAUAUCUGUGUUUUGAAUGCCCUGGAUAUUCCACAGUGGAAUUGUUUCAGGAUUCCAUCACAUAACCUGAUCAACUGCAGUAUUGGAGAGGAAGGUUUCACAGAUCUUGCAUCAGCACUGAGAUCAAACCCCUCACACAUGAGAGAGCUAUUUCUGAGAGGGAGUAAAGCAACAGACUCAGGAGUGAAGCAUCUUUCUUCUCUUCUGGAGGAUCCCAACAGUAAACUGGAGAAACUAGGCUUCUCAAACUGCAGUAUAACAGAUGAAGGUUUCAGAACUUUAGCAUCAGCACUGAGAUCAAACCCAUCAACGCUCAGACAUCUCUAUCUGUGGGGGAAUCAGCCUGGACCCUCAGCACAGCAGCUGCUCUCUGAACUGAAGAAACAUCCAAACUGUAAACAUAUACAAAUAUAUGGAGUUGUUGAAGUGUUUAAUCCAGAGCUGCCAAGUGUUUCACGUGGGUCUGAAGUCAUCAGGGAAGAUUCCUCAGAAAACACUGUUCUGGACCAAGAGGAUUUGGAUUCUGUAGACAAUCCUGACCGGAGGACAGAUGUGAGAGGACUGUCUGGAGAUAUGGCUGAGUUGGACAUUUCGGCUGGUGAAACUCAGUGUAUGUAUGACAGACGACCAAACUGCUGCAAAUCCUGUGAAGAUGUAGAAGACACUUCCCACUGGAUCCUGAUGGAACCCUCUGUUUCCAUGGAGACAGGAGUGCCAGUGUAUACACACAGCUCUCCACCAGGAAGUUUUGAGUGCACAGCGUCUGGUUUGCGCUGGGUGUGUGCGGUUGAAGUCUCUCUAAAGUAUCACUUAAGUGACCCCCAUGUAUACGGAGCAGAGCUUGCCAUACUGCAAUAUGAACCAAUUGGUCCCUUGAUGGACAUCAAAGUGCUCUCAGGUGAACUGUUGGAGGCUCAUCUGCCCCAUUUUGCCUGUCUGGAAGGUUCAGAUUCCUCUCUUAGAGACGCUGUGAGAGUUCUGCAUGGAGUUGACAGCAGUGUAACUCUAGAGAAAUGUGAGCUGACCCGCUUCCAUGCAAAGCUCCUCAAGCCCUCCUUCUCACUGACUGAACUCCUGGUGAAAAUCGGAAUUCCAAUGAAAGCCCAUCUGGACGUAUUAAUCUACCGGACCAGAGUGACACCCCUGGUUCUGCUCACAUAUGUCGUGCCGCGGGAUGCAUCCAUGAUUCAGGCGGUAGAAGAGGAUUUACGAGAGACACACGAUGCUAAGAAGAUCAAAACACAUCGACCGGAUAUGUCCAUUUGGAUGCACACAAAGUUUAGCUUGAAGUCAUCUGCCAGCCAUGCUAAAAGUUCCCCAUCAGAGAUCACCCUGAAAUACAUUAGACCUCCAGACUUAUUCCGGUUGGUCGUUGAUAAAGCAGAUGACUGUUUUGAUUUGGAGCUGAUCAGUGAAGGACAGUCCAUAUGGAAAGCUACACUGGAAAGUUUUGAAUAUGGUGAAACUGGAGAUGUGGCACCCUGUCAUGAAAUUCCCUCAGCAGUAUCCGGACGUUCCCGAAGCGUGAUCCCCAGAGAAGCGGCUCACACGAGCAGAGCUGCCAGGGCCAAAGAGGAAGAAGGGAACAUGGCCUCCAUGUCACACCAAGAUCGACUGUCCUGUAUUAGGCCUGAUAUCAUCGAGAGGACAUCAGAAGGUGUACUGAAAUGUCUGGUUUUAAGACUUGAAUCCCAUCAGCCUCCUGUGUUGCACAGUACGGAAGUACAAAACAUCCUGCAGAAGACCAGUGUGCUGCAGGACCAGGUGACCUCCCUCAUCAACAUGGUGCUGAGAAAGGGAGACAAAGCCUGUGGUGUCAUGCUCUGCCUUCUCAAAGAAUUAGAUGGCUACCUUUCUGAAGACCUUGGCCUGUAGGAAGAAAUCGAUACUGCAUGGUUGGUGAGGUCUAUGAAAUUAGAAAAGAGUUGAAUGUACUCCAUUCUAUUACAUUGCUGUCUAAUUCACUCUGAAUUCAUUCUGUAAAACCACUGUUUCUGAAAUACAUGUGGUAUCAUGCUCUGCCUGCUCAAAUAAUUAGAUAACUACAUGUCUUGGCCUGUAGGAUGAAACCUUCCUAUACUGUCAGUAGGACAUUUGUCAAAGUCAAAGUCAAGUUUAUUUCUAUAGCACGAUUUACAGACGGCUGAGCCGCACCAAAGUGCUUCACAGUAAAGUGCAAAAAUGCAGAGAGUAAGUAAAAAAGAAACACACAUUUAGUUAAAAAAUGAAAUAUAAAAUAAAAUGUGUGUGGUGCAUUGGUGAGGACUCUUAAAUGAGAAAAGACUUGAAUGGUCAUGUCAUCAUCAUUAUACUCCAUGAUGUCAGCCAUGUCACUGAUGCACAUCAUCCAUCUCCAUUCUAUUAUUGUUCUCUAAUUCACUGAAUUCAUUUAGGAAAACCACAACCUGUUGCUGGAAUGCUGCUGAUUAGUAGCCUACUCAGUAUUAUAAACAAUGUGAUAGGGCUGAAAGAUCCGCGGUCAAGACUUGAAUCCCAUCAGGUGUUGAUCAGUAUUGGAAAAAAAAGUAAUCCUGCAGAGGACCAGUGUGCUGCAGGACCAGGUGACCUCCCUCAUCAACAUGGUGCUGAAAAAGGGAGACACAGCGUGUGACAUCAUGCUCUCCCUGCUCAAAGAAUCAGAUAGCUGAAGACCUUGGCCUGCAGGAAGAAGUCAAUAUUGUCAGUGGGGCAUUUGUGUAGUGCACUGGUUGGUGUGGACUAUAAAAUUAGAGUUGAAUGUCAUCUUCAUUAUACUCCAUUCUAUUAUAUUGUGCUCUAGUUUACUCUGAAUUCAUUCUGUAAUACCAACUGUUUCUGAAAUGUUACUUAACAGGUGCGCCCUGGCAUUUUUAUAUUUUUAAAUAUUGUAAACAAUGGGAUAGAGCUUUUCUGAAAGUGUUUGUGAUAUUUGAGGUGAGAACCACGUGUUUCCUUUGACUGUCCUUCAGUUUGUUGUAUAUGUGCCCCCUACAGGUGAGAGAGGAGUAGAAAUAGAAAUGCGAAUUUUGAGAAAUACUGAUUUGUGGUUUAAACUCUGAUUGAUCAUCAA